AUGUCUACUAAUUCGCGUUGCAGCAAGCUUCAUUCUCUGCAGCCCAGUUAUUUGUCGAAGUGUUCUUUUAAGAUUCUUCCCACCCACUCCCGUACGCUUUGGAACUCUCCUCUCUACUCCUUUCUCUUUUUUCCCUUCAAUCACUCUCUGCUUCAACUAUAUUUGAUUCAAUUGACGAGAGAUUUUAUAGUGUUGCAAGCAUUGUUGCAAGUUGCAACUGUGACUCUAUCUUCAGAUUGGGAUCAGAAGACUUGCACUUCCCAAGAGCUUUCCUUUGCAAAUAUCUUUGUUGAAAAAGGAAACAUGAAUUCUGAGAUCAUCAAAGAAACUGCCUGCCCUGAAGCAUGCAAUCAACAUCGUGAGAUUGGUGCAUUGAGAGAUAAUCUUGUGGAAGAAGCUAAUGCUCAAGAAAGGGGGAACGAACCUUAUAUUGAUGAGCAACCCAGUUAUUUCCCACCUGAACUGGUCGGUCAUGUUCCAAAGAAUUCGAAUUAUCAUUACUACUUAAUGGAGCUGGAGCAGAAAUUUGUUUACGAUAUUCCAGUUCAUGAUAUUGUGCUUGUACUGAGUAAUAAGCUAGAAGCUGAACUUGGAAGCUUGCAUUUUGACUUGGAUGUUGGCAGGGGUAGUUUGACGGUGAACUUUAAAUAUUUAGGAGUGAUUAAUCUCAGCACAGAUCAGGUCCUUUUGUGUAGAAGGUUUCAGAAAACUCUUUUAAGAGUUCUUAUUUAUCAAGAUUUGAAUAUGGAUGGAGAUAUUUUGGGAGCAGAGACUGAUUAUCUUUUGCUUCCAGCCACGGGAAAGCAUCAGAGAUCUGUGAUCAUUGAUUGGCAUUGCGUUAAAUCUGUGCCAUUUUCGUGUGAGAAGAAUGGUGAAUUUCACUUGAAUUGUGCUUUACCCAAGGAUUGUGCUCGUAUUGUACAAACCAAAGAUGGUCCUGUAUGCACUUGCCUGCUACAGAAUUCUUUGGUGUACACCCCUCACACUGGUCAGGUGUAUUGCACAAUGGGGAUUUUGGGAUUGAAUGCAAACUCACGUAUGCAGAACCGUCAAGGCAAAAUCAAUACUUACAAGGAGUACUAUGAAGAACGGCAUGGCAUCAAGCUGUGUUUUGAGCACGAAUCAUUGGUUCGUGCAAGACCUGUUUUUCGGGUGAAAAAAUACCUUCAAAGAUGCAGAAAUCAGAAAAAGAAAGAAUCAAGUAUGAUGUCAGUUGAAUUGCCUCCGGAGCUUUGUUCUAUACUUAUGUCACCAAUAUCAACCAAUACAUUUUAUUCUUUCUCAUUUGUUCCUUCAAUCAUGCACCGGUUUGAGUCUUUGCUUAUAGCUGCCAACUUAAAAAAGAUGCAUUUGGAUCAUUGCACACAAAAUGAUGUUAUCCCAAUUUCCAAGGUCUUGGAAGCAAUUACUACAAAGAAAUGCCAAGAGACAUUUGACUUGGAAUCCUUAGAAACGCUUGGAGAUUCAUUUCUCAAAUAUGCUGUGAGUCAACAACUUUUUAAGACCUAUCAAGAUCAACCCGAGGGUGUACUUACUUCGAAGAAAGUAAAAAUAAUUUCAAAUGCGGCUCUUUGCGAGUUUGGAUGUCACCGCAAACUUCCGGGAUUUAUUCGAGAUGAGUCCUUCGAUCCGAACAAGUGGAUCAUUCCGGGUGAUAGAUCGGGUAGUGCAUUAAGUGAGGAGUUACUUUUUAACAUGAGAAAAAUCUAUAUUAGGGAAACUAGGAAGAUGGAAAGUGAAACUGUUGCUGAUGUUGUGGAGGCACUGAUUGGUGCAUUUCUAAGCAAUGGCGGUGAAACAUCAGCAUUAUUAUUUAUGGAAUGGUUGGGUAUAAAGGUGGACUUUCACAUAACACCGUAUGAGAGACCCUUCCUAAUUCACGCUGAGAAGCGUCUCAAUGUCAGACAUUUGGAGUCCCUAUUGAACUACUCAUUCCGCGAUCCUUCAUUGUUAGUGGAAGCAUUGACCCAUGGUAGCAUGCUUCGUGAGAUUCCAAGAGAUUAUGAGCGUCUUGAAUUUCUUGGGGACUCGGUUUUGGAUUAUCUCAUGACCAAGCAUUUCUACUAUGAAUAUCCUGGGUUGUCACCAGAACAGUUAACUGACAUGAGAUCUGCUUCUGUAAAUAAUGAAUGUUAUGCACGAUCUGCAGUUAAGUUUGGACUACACGAACACAUCCUCCGUGACUCACAAGAACUCGACAAGCAGAUAGUUAUAACUAGUAACAAUUUUGAGAAGUUAUCAUCAAAAUCAACUUUUGGAUGGGAUGCCGAGACCACAUUCACCAAGGUACUUGCUGAUAUUAUAGAGUCUCUAGCAGGUGCCAUUCUUGUUGAUUCUGGAUACAAUAAGGAGAGAGUCUUUGGCAGCAUAAGGCCCCUUUUAGAGCCUCUGAUCACACCUGAAACAGUAAUGUCUCAUCCUGCAAAAGAGCUGAAUGAACUAUGCCAAAAACAGCAUUACAUUAUGAAAGAACCCAUCAAGUCCCGCAACGACAACGAGGGUCUUACUUCCAUUACAAUAAAGGUAUAUGCUAAAGGUCUCUCAUUCGAGCAUACAGCUACAGCUGGCAACGGAGAAACAGCAAAAAAAUUAGCUUGUAAACAAGUUUUGAAGUCCUUGAAGGAUUUCGCUUUACAUGGUAAAAGUUAAAAGGAUAAGAAUAUAAAGCCUAGGAGAAUUUGCACUUAUCCAUGUUGAGUUAUUACUGUUAUAUUUCUAAGUAUGAUCUCUUAAAAAGUUCUCAUUUGAUGUAAAGUGAUUUUGUAAUUCCUUUUCUUGUUUUUUGUUUUCUGGCUCCCUCUCUAAAAAAGCGGUGUUGGUUGUUGAUUUGGCAAAUUUUGCAAGUCGCUGCAAUAAAAGCAACGUUGUAAUUUUGGAAGUGUACUUGUUUUUAGGAAAGGUAUUGUCA